AGGCAUAGGUUUGGGGGAUUUCAGCGUUAAAAAGCGGGGGUCCUCUCCAUUUAGGAGGUAGCAAAGGAAAAGGUACCAAGGUUGAGUUCCUCCCUGACAUUGUAGCUCCCCUGUGGAGGUGGGGAGAGCUCAAAGUAAAGGGCUCACACCCUUUAGAUUACAGGAGUGGAUUUGGUAGGGGUGUAGGGCCCCAAAAUAGGGUAGAAAGAUGCCUGGAGAUACUGGAAUCGUAUCUUGGAAAUUUUGAGGGUCUUGAAUUUAGGACGAGACAGACACUGGAGAGCAAGGAAAGGGUAGUUUUCCAUAGGAGGCAAAAUUCGAGGGUGGGAUCAACUGAGGGGUCCGCAAACUGCGGGUUCGGUGGAGCAAGCACCGGGCCAAAGGCUCAGAGCUGGCGACUGAGGGACGGGAGGGUCUGAGACUUAGUCUCAGGUCCUGUGGGUGGGAUGGUAAGUCGGGGCCAGAGUGGCAAGAGCAUGCCUUGGUGAGCGGGUUUCUCCGGGGGAGCCCAGCGCACUCAGGGCGCCUGCUAGUUUGGGGGUUUCUACUCCCGGGGCGCUAUGGCGGCGCUGGCCAGUAGCCUGAUCCGGCAGAAGCGGGAGGUCCGCGAGCCCGGGAGCAGCCGGCCCGUGUCGGCGCAGCGGCGCGUGUGUCCCCGCGGCACCAAGUCCCUUUGCCAGAAGCAGCUCCUCAUCCUGCUGUCCAAGGUGCGACUGUGCGGGGGGCGACCCGCGCGGCCAGCCCACGGCCCGGAGCCUCAACUCAAAGGCAUUGUCACCAAACUGUUCUGCCGCCAAGGUUUCUACCUCCAAGCUAAUCCAGAUGGGAGCAUCCAGGGCACCCCAGAAGACACCAGUUCCUUCACCCACUUCAACCUGAUCCCGGUGGGACUCCGUGUGGUCACCAUCCAGAGUUCCAAGCUGGGCUACUACAUGGCCAUGAACGCUGAGGGCCUUCUCUACAGCUCGCCACAUUUCACAGCUGAGUGUCGCUUUAAGGAGUGCGUCUUUGAGAAUUACUAUGUUUUGUACGCCUCUGCUCUCUACCGCCAGCGCCGUUCUGGCCGGGCCUGGUACCUAGGCCUGGACAAAGAGGGCCAGGUCAUGAAGGGAAACCGAGUCAAGAAGACCAAGGCAGCUGCCCACUUUGUACCCAAGCUGCUGGAGGUGGCCAUGUACCGGGAGCCUUCUCUCCACAGUGUCCCUGAGACCUCUCCUUCAAGUCCCCCUGCCCCAUGA